UGGACUUACAGGCAGCUGAGAGAGAGGAAGGGGGCAGGCACGCUGGAAAUGAAAUCACAAGUUACUGCUGCGUGAGAGAUCGGGGAUUAAUAAAUCUAUUGAAUAAAGGAAAACCAUGGAGGCGUGACUGGAUUACAGCACAUUGGGCAGACAUACCAGAUGCCUGUUUUUUAGAAAGACCUGAAGCUCGGAGACAGCCUGCCGCUCUGAUGAUUUAAACACACUUCAUAGCUCUGCAGUUGCUCUGGUUUUUUUAAACGGGCAUUUGGGCGGCUGCUGAGCGUGUUCAGAGUUUGACCAUCCUGAGCUCAGGAAUAAUCAACAUGACCGUGGCCAAUGCAAAGUCUGGCUCAGCCAUGCAGCAGGUUCUUGACAACCUGAAAGACAUGCCAUCAGGAACUGGAGCCAAAGAUAUUGACCUCAUCUUCCUCAAAGGAAUCAUGGAGAGCCCCAUCGUCCGUUCUCUUGCUAAGGCUCACGAGCGCCUUGAGGAAGUCAAGCUAGAAGCUGUGGGGGACGACAACGUUCAGCUGCUCACAGAGAUCUUGGAUUCCCUCAACAACCUCGAAGAACGAGAUCCUGCUGCAGCUGAGCUCGCCAGAAUCCUCCAAGAGCCUCACUUUAAGUCUUUGAUUGAAGCUCAUGACAAGGUGGCUGCAAAGUCCUAUGAAAUGGCCAAUGCCAUGGAUAACAGCAAUUCCCUCUCUCCAAGUUCCCUAAUGCCCGCCGACGCUGUGAGGAUGAUUGGCAUCCAGAAAAAGACCGGGGAGCCUUUGGGAGUGACGUUCCGCGCGGUGAACGGGGAGAUGGUGAUCACACGGAUCCUGCACGGCAGCUCCAUCGAUAGGCAGGGGAUGCUGCACACAGGCGACGUCAUCCGGGAAGUCAACGGUCAGGAAGUGGGCAGUAACCCCGAGGAACUCCAGGAGCUGCUGAGAAACUGCAGCGGGAGCGUCACACUCAAGGUCCUGCCGAGCUACAGAGACAUACCGGCGCCCCCGCAGGUUUAUUUGAAGCCAUACUUCAGCUACAACCCAACUACAGAUAACCUGAUCCCUUGUAAAGAGGCAGGUCUGGCCUUUGCUAAAGGAGACAUACUUCAUGUUGUCAACAAGGAAGACCCCAACUGGUGGCAGGCACGCAAAGUUGUUGGUGGAGCGACUGGCCUGAUUCCCAGUCAGUUCUUGGAGGAGAAGAGAAAAGCUUUUGUGAGGAGAGACUGGGGCACUGCUGGUACAGGGAUGCUCUGUGGGACUCUGACUGCAAAGAAAAAGAAGAAAAGAAUGAUGUACCUCACUUCUAAGAACGCAGAGUUUGACCGUUAUGAGCUGCAGAUCUAUGAGGAAGUGGCCAGGAUGCCCCCGUUUCGAAGGAAAACGCUGGUUCUGAUCGGAGCCCAGGGGGUCGGAAGGAGGAGCCUGAAGAACCGCCUUGUUGUUAUGAAUCCUCUAAGAUAUGGAGCCACUGUCCCCUUUACGUCCCGCCAUCCCAGAGAAGAGGAGAAAGAUGGGCAGAACUAUUGUUUUGUGACUCGGGAGGAGAUGGAGCGUGACAUCAAGGAGAGCCGGUACUUGGAGCAUGGCGAGUACGACGGGAACCUCUACGGCACAAAGAUCGACUCCAUCCACGAGGUGGUGCAGGCCGGCCGCACGUGCAUCCUGGACGUGAACCCUCAGGCCUUGAAGGUGUUGAAGACUGCAGAGUUUAUGCCGUUCGUGGUGUUUAUCGCUGCUCCUGAGCUGGACACACUAAGAGGCAUGCACAAAGCCGUGAUCGAUGCUGGCCUUACCACCAAAAUCCUAACGGAGAACGAUUUAAAGAAGACGGUAGAUGAGAGUGCCAGGAUCCGCCGGGCGUACAGCCACUACUUUGACCUGACUAUAGUCAAUGACAAUCUGGACAAGGCGUUCGACAAGCUGCAAGAUACCGUGGAGCGAUUAUUUGUCGAGCCUCAGUGGGUUCCAGUCAGCUGGGUGUAUUGAAGCUCCUCCUACUGGACCUGCUGUCUGAGCUGCUGGGCCUGGGAUUAAAUACAAUUUUUAACACUGUGCUGCACACAGGAAGAAUGGGACGUCAACCUCGUUGGUACAAACUGCAUCCGUCACCUUAAUCUAAAUCGCCAGUUUUCUUUUCCAACACACUAUGCAACUGUCCAAACAACAGGAAGAGUACUUAUUUAGUGCCAAAUAUGUUGUUUUUUUUUUUUAGAGAGUAUUUCUAUUUAAAUAGAUGCAGCUUUUUUGUCAGAUUGCUUUUAAUCAUCUGUCAGUUUGUCUAAUUUCACAUCUUGUAAAGGUAAGUUUUAUUUAUUCUCCUAAAAUGAGGGCUCUGUCAAAGAAAAGGAUGUGAUACCUCAGUGUUAAGUUUACAGUGUGUGUCCACUGCUUCAAGUCAUUGUCACUACAAACUUAGUCAUUCAUCAUGUUUCUUAUAUCUUCUUACUGCUAAAAUGUAUUCCCCUACAUUAUUUUAGUUCAGUGUUCUCUCUGAAAGCCGUUCCUCCGAUCACUCUUUGAAGAUCAUUGUUGCACAGAAAGCAAAGGAAUACUGUAGUAUUUGUCCAGCAUUCACUGAAGCUGGACAAAAGGCUGGUAAAGCCAUUCUGAUAAUAAUGCUAACUGUUAGAGUAUUUAAGUUUUUGGACUGUUAAACCAGUGGAUUUGGUGCUGUUUGUGUUUAUAAAGAAAAAAAAAAAAGCUUACCCAGGGCCGUUGAAGAGGGUACGUCAUCUCAGUAAACUAUCCCUUUAGAUGUGAUAAUACAAAGACUUAACAGUUUUAAAUAAUGUUCAUAUUUACUUACUAAAGGUUUAUUUUACAAGAUUUCAGAUAAGAUGUAUUUUCAGAUGUGUAAUAAAAUAACAGGUGUUUUCUAAUGA